AACGACAGAUCCUGUACAACGGAAUCCCUAGAGCGACGCAAUUGACGCAUAAUAGUAGAGGAUUAGGGUUUCUAGCUUAGUGACGAUAACUGAGAGGGAGCAAUAAUGACGACUCGAAUCGCUCCAGGAGUGGGAGCGAACUUACUCGGUCAGCACGCGGCUGAAAGGAACCAAGACGCCACCGCCUACGUCGGAAAUCUGGAUCCUCAGGUCAGCGAAGAGUUACUGUGGGAGUUGUUUGUUCAAGCCGGUCCUGUUGUUAAUGUCUACGUUCCAAAAGAUAGAGUGACAAACCUUCAUCAAGGAUACGGUUUUGUUGAGUUCCGAGGUGAGGAAGAUGCUGACUAUGCGAUCAAGGUUUUGAACAUGAUUAAGCUUUAUGGGAAACCAAUACGAGUAAACAAGGCAUCCCAAGAUAAGAAGACCUUGGAUGUUGGGGCAAAUCUUUUUAUUGGCAACCUUGACCCUGAUGUUGAUGAGAAGCUUUUAUAUGAUACCUUUAGUGCAUUUGGAGUGAUUGUCUCAAAUCCCAAGAUAAUGAGAGAUCCUGAGACUGGAAAUCCCCGAGGAUUUGGUUUCGUUAGUUAUGAUUCUUUUGAGGCAUCUGAUGCAGCUAUUGAGGCAAUGACUGGCCAAUAUCUUUGCAAUCGGCAAAUAACUGUCUCUUACGCAUAUAAGAAGGACACUAAGGGCGAGCGUCAUGGUACACCAGCAGAGAGAGUCUUGGCUGCAAGCAAUCCGACUGCCCAGAAGAGUCGGCCCCACACUCUCUUUGCAAGUGGACCUCCAACACUUCCUAACGUUCCUCAGGCAAAUGGUUCAUUGGGUGCACCAAUGACUCCACGCCCCUUUACAGAUGGUGCAGUUGCUCAAGUUCCAAUGCAUGCUGUUCGGCCUCAGCCCCCACAGAGUGGCGGCUUCACACCCAUGCAUAUGGCAGGACAGCCAGCUUGGCAGCCACAGCCUCCACAGCGGAUGGCCCCACCCCAGUUCAUGGGUCAACAUGUACUUGGAGGAAUGCCGCCACCCCCUCCCUCGCAGGGAAUGGUCUUUCCAAGGCCUCCCCUACAGCCAAUGGCAAUGGGAGUCCAGCCACAAUAUUGGCGGCCACCUCCCCCGCCUCCACUCCAGGGAGGAAGGCCACCUGUUCCACAAAUGUCGAUGCCACCACCCCCACCCAAUGCGCCUGCACUUCCUCCCCCGCCUUCUGUUUGAAGACCUGACUACUCGUUUGGGAAAGCUGUACGCAACGCCAUCUAUGUUCUCGAUGAUGUUUUUUGUGCGUUCAUUGCAUUUGUAGGACAUUUGGUUGGUUUGUUAAGCAGUUUAGGUCACCUGAAAGUUUUUCUCUUAACCGGGUAUGAAUAUGGUUCUCACUGCUUUCAUGCAAUCAAGUGAAAUGUGAACCAACAUGAGAUAUUACCAUCUCCUGUCAAACUAUACCAGAUGCUAGUAAAUUUGGCGAUUUCAGUUCUGGGUAA